CGCUUACUCAUACUCGUCGUACUAUAAUUCUACAUCAUUCACACUCGUAGUAAUAUCACUCUUCCCACCAAAUUGUAAGAAAAAAUUAUAAAUAAUCACCACAGGGCUUUUUCGACAUCAUCUGCGCCACGGUAGUGUUGCCCGGACUCGUAAUUAUAAACUGUGGGGGAAAAACGGUCCGCAAAACGGGACAGAGUUUGACUUGAAAUUUCCCAGGUGUGGAAAAGGAGGGUAAAAUUAUAUUAACGGGACAAUUAAGUUUAAACAAAAAGUGUGCUAAAAACCGAAUAUUGAUUGAAAAAAAUUAAACCUGGAUAUUUUUAGUGUUCAUGCUUGAAGAGAAUUACGAAUAUUUAGAGUGUUGCAAGUUAGUGAUUGAGUGAGCAGCAUGUGAGCAGCCAGUCAGUGAAAGCAACCCGUUCGUUCAAAGAAAGAGUGAAAUUUCGUUUUUAACUAUAAAAUCCGGGAAAUUAGGUUGUAAUUUAAUAUUUAGUGUAACUAAUGGUUAAUUAGUGUGUAUUUAUGAUUGAGUGCAUUUGCAUAGCUUGGAGUUAAGAAGCCUAUGAAUGUAAAUCUCCCAAGUUUAUUUUAUUGGGUAUAGUUCGUACUUAUUAUAGGAGGCAUACUAUUUAUAAAUCAUACACGGUUUUAACAUAGAGUUUAGUACGUUAAAAUAGUUGUUUGUUAUUAUUAAGUGAAACAGUUUUAUGUACAAGUUUUCAUUCGUUUACCUGACGUUAAAUAUAUGACUUGAUAUUCAUUUUUUUAGGACCGAUUUUUUGACUAAAGUUUGUAUUUAUUUUUUUAUCUGACAUUGUAAACACAGCAACAACUUUUUGGGGACGACGAUAUUGUGACGACACAAAACUUUCAUUAUAAUAAUAAUAUAUCAUAUAGUACAAAAAGUACAAAGUAAAAAGAUCGAAGAAGACAAAUAUUCACAAUUUACAAGUUAUAUAUAGAUCGUCACUAUUAGUAUUAUUACUAAUCAAAAGUGCCAAGUAUUUAGGUAAAAAAAUACUGAAAGACAACUAAAAUUGUAUUAAGAUAUAGUAUUAAAUUUUUAUUGCUCUAAAGCAAGAAUUAUUGUCUUUGUAAACUUCGCAUGUAUAUCUAAAGCUAAUCUUAUUUUGUGAUUAAAAGUUUAAUUUCGCUUGCCGAAUCGUCAUUAAUACAAGAAAAGUAAUAUCCAGAAUUAAGGAGGACGAGGAGAAAGAGGAGAAAUUGAUUGGGUGACAAUAAAUUGGCGUGAUCAGACGUGACGACGGUGACGGAAGAAGGGUCAGAUUGGGUCUUCGGCCUCGACGGUGCUCAGGGGGAGGAGGAGCGGAGGAGGCGGAGGAAGGAUGAAGCUGAAGGGGUAAUGACGCAAGAGAUAAUUAUGCCACCCUCCAACGACGUGUAUCAUGCCCAUUGUACACCCGGCGACGAUGAAGCGGAAGGUGCGUGUCCGUCAGGCGAGGAUGUGGUUACAACGACAACAGCGGAAGAACAAGAUCUACUUCAUCCGGGUCAUUUCUUCACGGAGGGCUCAAUCCCUGCCCUGCAAUCUGUGAAAGACACUGAUGGAAAAGUCGCAACCAACAUUGACCUCCAUCAUCAUCAUCACCACCAUGACCAGUCGGAGCAGGUCUCAACCCCUGUUAAGAAAAAGCGGUCAAAUUCUGGAUCGACGGAUACAGAAGCUUCACCUCGCAAACGCCAUAAAUGCCAGUCUGGCGGAUCUCAAAAUGAGUUCAAGAUCUCAAAACACCGCCCUAUCCCAACCUACCCGAAGGAACAUCCAUUCUGUAUGCCGGGUGGUGUCCGUUUGAGCGAUUUGCCGGAUGAUGUCUUACGCAAGCUUCCGUUCCGUUCUCAUAUAAGCAAUCUCAGAUAUAAACGCUUCAUGAAAGUGGAACAACAUCCAAACGGUGGAGCGUGGAUAUUACGUGCUUCAGUUCAUGAAUUUGCCCAUCUCAAUCCGCACGAUCAGCUCAAGUUUGCUCAUGAGUUUUUCAAGGUCUCUUACUCAGAAGAUUCUAAAGGAUUGGCUCAUUUUGUCAUGGGUAUCGUCGAUGAUGGGGCACGGUACAUGCCGGAUUUGCUGGACUAUAUGGCCGAACAAAAUCCCAGCAUGACAGUGAAAGCUGGACAUCUCACAAUACCAAGCGAUAUACAAACUUCGAGCAUGGCUCAGUAUCGUGAACAGGUUUACGGCAACUAUGCGUCGGGUACAUACCGGUUUGGUCCUUUACAUCAACUCUCCCUUGUGGGGACCGUACAUGAAGAGAGUGGCGGCUAUUUCCCAAAGUUCCUUAGUCUCUUGGAGGAGAGUCCUUUCCUCAAGUUGACGAUGCCCUGGGGUGCGCUGUCUAUUUGUCACGGAGACGAUCCCCGCAACUCGAACGACGGUCCGAUCAUGUGGGUCCGGCCUGGGGAGCAGAUGGUGCCGACGCAGAGUGCACGAGGGGGACGGAGGAGGAACAAGGAAUUGGAAAGUUUGAAAUGCAGAUACACCGAGGGGCGCGAGCUUUUCUUUGAAGAUAGGACAAAAGCUCAUGCAGAUCAUGUAGGGCAUGGUCUAGAGAGGAUUACUUCGGCUGCAGUUGGCGUCCUGAAAGCAAUCCACUGUGGACAGCCGUACGUGGGGAACCGUAUUACCAAAGAUGUCGUCGCCUUUCACGCCGCCGAUUUUCAGGAGCUUGUCGACCAAUUGCAACUCGAUCUCCAUGAACCCCCAAUUUCUCAGUGUGUGCAAUGGGUUGAAGAAGCAAAGCUGAAUGCUCUCAGGAGGGACGGUAUCCGAUAUGCAAAACUAACCUUGAGUGAUAAUGACAUUUACUUUCUCCCACGAAAUAUUAUCCAUCAGUUCCGCACCGUGUCUUCAGUAACAUCCAUAGCCUGGCAUGUCCGCCUCAAACAGUACUAUCCAAUGCCUAUCUUGGAACCGCAAAUUGUGGCAGACUCCUCCACUAGCGGCUUACAAUCACAUCGUGUUAAGAUAAAAAGUUCCAGCUCUUCUCCACAAAAGAAGCAUAAGCAUCAUCACCAUGAUCGCGACCAUCACCGGAGGCAUGGGAGUGGAUCCUCUUCAUCCAAAAGUUCGGCUGCACAUCAACAAAAUCUGAACAAAACGAGCAGCAGCACCACGGACAAUAGGUCGAGUAUCAUCAAGGAGAAAGAAAGACAUCGGCACAAGGACAAGUUUUAUCUGGCCAAGGGGGAGGAUGUCGUGGAGAUAAAGAAGGAAUGGACAAUUCCUGAAGAGGAAGAAGAAGAGGAGAAUGAAGUGGACGAGGAGGAGGACGACGAUGACGAGGAACAACAACAUCAAGUGGUGUCUAACAUCAAACUGGAAGAAAAGGAAAAUAUAUUUGGCCACUUGACCCACGGAGAGGGAGUGGAAAUAGAUGCCGAUGCUGAACAAGCUUCUCCCUCUGAUCCAGAGAUCGACGACCGUAUAAUUACCGAGGAGGAAGAAGAGCGUGCUCGUCGAAAAUUGGAAAAGGAACUCCGCCGUCAAAAGGAGAAAGACCGAGAAAGAAGAAAAAAUCGAGAGCGGAGAAGGGACAAGGAAAAACGGAGACACAGAUCACGGGACAGACACCGGAGUGAAAAAAAGUCUAAAGAUAGAGACAAGGAGUCAUCGUCACAGAAGGGACUGUCCGAUCGUCCACCCGGAACGCCAGAGCAGCAAAACAGCAGAGAGAUGACGAUGAGCGAUGCCCGUCCAUCCACACCUGUCCCUCUUCCCGAAAAUCAGCCACCGCCCGCAUCUCGCUCUCUGCCCUCAACCCCGGUGAAAAAAAAUCUUGCCCACCUGACGGAUUCUGAUAGCAGGAGGCCUCCAGGUUCAGCUCCGCCAAAAAGCUCCUCCACAACACCCGGUCCGGACGAAAUAAUCCUCAAAAAGAAUGGCUCCAAUGUGAUCCGUAAAAUUAUCCCGGCCUCUGGUUCGGCGGAUCUCCUCUCUUCGAUCAUGAGUCAGAUGGUCACUCUCAAAAAGAGCACGGAUACAAUGUAGAGUAUUACUUACUGACAACAGCAAUUAUAUAAAACAUGUCCAAUUUAGGGAGGACGAAACAAUCAGAAUUAUUAGUCAAGUUUAAUACGUAUUGUGGUCGUCAUCAUCACUUUUUAUCUCUUUUUCUAUUGUGUUCUCUACUUAUUGUGUAUAUAUUUACCCAACCCGAUUCAAACAAAUUAAGCUAUAAAAAGUAUGGCAAAUAUAAUAAAAAAUUAAAAUUAAAAAAUA